UCGUCUGGCAGCUCUGGUCAUUCAUGAAGUGUAGAAUAGUACCUGCGAAACAGUCAGUAAAUAUGGUCUGCGAAAAGUGUGAGAAAAAAUUAGGUAAGGUAAUCACUCCCGACCCGUGGAAAUCAGGUGCCCGUAAUACAACCGAAGGCGGCGGUCGUAAAAUCAACGAAAACAAAGCCUUGAGUAGUUCUAAAUUGCGCUACAAUCCUAUAGCCGGUAAUUUUGCCCCUUGUCGGAUAUGUAAACAAAAGAUUCACCAAGCCGGAUCCCACUAUUGUCAGCAGUGUGCCUAUAAAAAAGGAAUAUGUGCGAUGUGUGGCAAAAAGCUUCUGGACGUUAAAAACUAUCGUCAGUCAUCGGCCUGAAUGAAGCAAGAAUCGGAUUCAUUUUUAAAUGUGUAAAUAGCUUUAAUUGAAAAUUACUUUUAAUCACUAUAACACUUUUGGUCUGAUGGCAUACUUUUUAAGUUGAAGUAUUUAAACGUAAAAUAACUAAUUAUC